AUGAACCCCAACAGAAAAGAUAUAACCAGUGGGCUGGAGUUACCAAUCCCAGAGAGGAAGAACUGGUUGAUCUAUCUGCUGUACGUUCGCCGAGACUACGAGGAGUGCAAGGCUGUCAUCAAAGAGCAGCUCCAGGAGUCUAAUGGGCUGUGUGAAUACGCAGUCUACGUUCAAGCUUUGAUAUUUCGCUUGGAGGGGAAAAUUCAAGAAUCUCUUGAACUUUUUCAGACAUGUUCCAUUCUGAACCCUCGAAGCGCUGACAACCUCAAGCAGGUGGCACGAUCGCUGUUUCUUUUGGGGAAGCACAAGGCAGCCAUCGAAGUGUACAACGAAGCAGCUAAACUCAAUGAAAAGGACUGGGAGAUCAGCCACAACCUGGGUGUGUGCUACAUGUACCUGAAACACUUCAACAAGGCACGAGACCAGCUAAACAAUGCCCUGGAGCUCAACAGACAUGAUCUGACUUACAUGAUGCUGGGGAAAAUUCACCUAUUGGAGGGGGAGACGGAGAAAGCCAUUGAAGUCUAUAAGAAAGCUGUAGAGUUUUCUCCAGAAAACACAGACCUCCUUACAACACUGGGGUUACUUUACUUGCAGCUUGGUGAUUACCAGAAGGCUUUUGAACACCUUGGAAACGCGCUUACUUAUGACCCAGGCAACUACAAG